AUGACUCCAGAAAAUUUGAAAAAAUGUUCGCUGUGGUGGAAGGGGCUGACGUGGUUAUCCAAAGACAAGAAGGCAUGGCCACCGAGAAUUUUUGAGGAAGACAAAGAACUGUCUGGGACCGAAGACGAACAACCGAAAGAAAUGACAGUAAUCGACUCAGUUAUCGACGAAAUCCAAAAGGAUACAUGGAUUUCUUCAAGUUGA